AUGAUCAAAGACGACGUUGUUACUAGGGAAGAAAAGACAUUUCGGGCUAGAAAACCAAUCAAUGAGAGAUGGUUACUUUUCAAAAUUGACGUAUUUGUGCUAUCAUUCAUAUGUCUACAGUACUGGAUCAAUUACGUUGAUCGUACUGGGUUUUCAAAUGCUUACGUUUCUGGUAUGAAAAAGGACCUCAACAUGAGAGGUGAUGAUCUUAAUGUGACUACUGCCUGUUUCACUGUCGGAUACGUUAUUGGAAUGCUACCCAAUAAUUUGAUAUUGCUUGUUGUGCCACCAAGAAUUUGGUUAAGUUUCUGUACUUUUGCAUGGGGGUUGCUCACACUCGGCUUGUACGGUGUAUCCAGUUAUCAGCACUGUUGUGCAAUUAGAUUCUUCCAAGGUAUAUUUGAAAGUUGUACUUUCUCUGGCGCACAUUUAAUCCUAGGGUUGUGGUAUAAGGAAAAUGAAUUAGCCAUUAGGUCAGCUAUUUUCACGAGUAGUGGUUUGAUUGGCUCCAUGUUUAGUGGAUUUAUGCAAACCAGUAUUUUUGAGCAUCUAGACGGACAUCAUAAUUUAGCCGGGUGGAGGUGGCUAUUUAUCAUAGAUUUUUGUAUAACUGUCCCCAUUGCACUUUACGGGUUGAUCUUCUUUCCAGGCAUUCCUGAACAUGACAGCUCUUAUAGCAAGUUUUCUAUGACAAGUUAUAUCUUCAACAAGGACGAACUACAAUACGCUAGAAGAAGACUACCAGCAAGAGAUGAAAGCACUAAAAUGGAUAUGACUAUAAUACCCAGAGUCUUGAAAAGAUGGCAUUGGUGGCUAUUCUCCCUUGUGUGGAUACUGGGAGGUGAGAAUCUAAGUUUUGCAUCUAAUACGACAUUCGCAUUAUGGCUUCAAUACAAGGGUUAUUCCCUGUCACAUAGAAACAACGAUCCAUCAGGUAUAUAUGCUGUGGGUAUAGUAUCUACGAUGCUUACUGCUGUCUAUCUAAGCAACUUCUCUCGAGCAAGACAUUGGCAUGUGGCUGUGCUAAUGGCUGUCGUCAGUUGUAUCGUAGCCGUUAUGAUCCGGACUAAUCCAUUAAGCGCAGGUGUUAUGUUUACGGCCCAAUACCUGGGCGGGAUCAUCUACGCAGGACAAGCUGUCUUCUUUGCAUGGGCCAAUAUUGUCUGUCACGACGAUAUCCAAGAAAGGGCCGUCGUCCUGGCAUCGAUGAAUAUGUUUUCUGGAGCGGUCAAUGCAUGGUGGUCGAUCCUAUUCUACGCAGCUUCCAUGGUACCAGGAUUUGAAAAAGGUUGCUAUGCACUCAUUGCCACAGGUGUCUCAAGUGGUAUCCUUUCUGUGGGAAUACGGUACCUACAAAACCAAGAAAAUGCCAGUAAGCAAGCCUUGCCGUACAUCGACGCCAACGACAUGAUAGAUGAAGACGACGAUGACGAAGAAGAAGAAUAA